AUGGCCCAAUUCAGAGUCCAAGGGCUUCACCCGUCCUGGUAUGAUGGCCAUCUGGUACCCUACACAAAAUCUGAGGCUAUUCCCGAGGCUGGUUGCUCUCGUAUUUGGGAUCCCGUUAACGCCCGGUUUGAGCGAUGCAUUCUUCCAUUUAUCUCCGCUAUUCCAGCGGUAAUAGCAGUAUGCAUCGUGUUUGGUUUUGUGGUCCAAUUGAUACCACGCCGCGUUAUAAUACCAAGGUGGCUCAGAACAUUCGUCGAAGAAAUACCGGAGAAAGAUGACGAACUUCUCCCCAAGCAGAGGCGUCGAUUCACGCUUCCUUCAAUGACGCUACUUUAUCUAUCACUCGUUGGUUUCCUGCUGCAAAUGGCCACAGUCUUCUAUCCCAAAUUCCGCCUGGACAUGGUGUAUCCUGCGGCAUCAUGGGCAGUAUCUUCUAUCAUCAUUGCCAUCCUUCGGCCAACGACGGCGCCAAAAUCUUUACUAGUUCUAUAUAUCAGCAUUCUCGUUUCCCAGCUCGUUGUCCUGCUGCACAACCUUUGGGAUAUUACUCGGAACGAAGCUUUGGAACUUGUAGCUAUUUUCUUAGCAUGGGCAGCAAUUAUUGCCAUUCUACAAAUGCCGUUGCGAGACCCAAGUCUAUCCAAUGAUACAAUAAGUCCAGCAUUUGGGCCCCCUACAAGCCAUCUUCGCAGCCCGGAAGAUAAUCUAACAUUAUGGCAAUUCAUGACCGUUUCCUGGAUGGCGCCACUCAUUUCCUUGGGGACUUCCAGGCAGCUCAAUGAUGAAGAUGUUUGGCUACUAGGUUAUCAGUUUCAGCAUAAAACGCUACAUGAGAAGUUUAGAGAAUUGCGAGGCUCGGUUCUGAAGCGAUUAUUGGAGGCUAAUGGGCUCGAUCUGUUUAUUGUUUCUAUCCUCGGUAUUAUAGAGCAAUUUGCAAACUUUUCGGCCCCAGUACUCCUACAAAAGAUUCUCCAAAGUAUGGAGGAUCAUAGAGCACCGAGGCGUGCCGCUCUAACUUAUGCUCUGCUGUCUCUUGUUGUACGAUUGAUUGCCUGUCAAUCAUCAGUUUUAAGUCUCUGGUACGGACGACGUGCGUAUGAACGGUCUCGUGGAGAACUGGUUACGAUGCUCUAUGAGAAGACACUGUCAAGGAAGAUGGUCUCUGUGAGUAGUAAACCCGUUGAGCAGACCAACUCGAAUACAGCCACAAACGGCGAGUCGGAGGUUUCAGAUCGUUCGAGAUUCAGAAAAGCGCUCGAUUAUGUCAAGAAGCCAUUCUCUUCUCAUAAAAGCAUACCUGAAGUAGCGGAAACUCCAGAGAAGUCGCCUGAGCUUGCGUCAAUGGGGAAGAUUAUGAACCUCAUGCGGUUUGAUGCGUACGAAGUGGCCCAACGAUUCUGGGAAUUCUCGUCCCUUGUAUCACAACCUCUAGGCUUGGUCCUUUCAGUUGUUCUCAUCUGGAGACUCAUAGGCUGGCCUUGCUUGAUUGGAAUUGUGACGGUAUUAGUAGCCCAGUUCAUGAAUGCAUUUAUUGCACGUAUCUUACUCGGCUGGGAAAGAAAACGGAGGGUGGCGACUGAUGUUAAACUCCAUAAAAUCGGACAACUUGUUGAGGCCAUCCGCCAUCUGCGUUACUACGGCUGGCAAGAUGUCUGGCUAGCUCGAAUUAUGGAAGCAAGACAAGCAGAACUGACGCUGAGAAUUAUCACUAGCUUAUGGAGCAUCCUCAUCAGCUUCACUAAUACUUUUGCUAGCGGCAUGUUUCCUGUGGUUGCGUUCUAUGCAUACACUGCGCUAGCAGGCCAGCCCCUACGAGUUGACAUUGCAUUUCCGGCCUUGCAAUUGUUUACCAUGCUGGAAUUAAGUCUUCGCGAACUGCCCAACCUUAUCACAGUCUUGCUGAAUGCUAAGGUUUCAAUGGGACGGAUCGAGGAGUUUAUGAACGAGCCGGAUAAAGCGGUUGCCGAGAUAGCAGAAGGGUCCAAAAUGGAACUAGAAAUGAAAGAUGCCUCAUUUGCUUGGCCUGGAAGUACUGACCCCGUCCUUCGAAACGUUACUCUUACGUUUGCGCCUGGAUUAACCGUCAUUUAUGGUGAAGUUGGUUCAGGAAAAACAGCUCUGUUCCAGGCACUCCUCGGUGAACUGGAUCAGCUGGGUGGCGAAUAUGAUCGAUCAAAUGACAUCGUUGGAUACUGUGCACAGACUCCAUGGCUGCAGUCAAUGAGUAUCAGAGAGAAUAUUCUCUUCUCUUUGCCAUAUGAUGAGGCUCGGUACAAGCAGGUAAUGGAGGCUUGUGCCCUGAUCCCUGAUAUGGCUAAUUUCAAGCACGGCGAUCUCUCUCUGGUGGGAGAGAAUGGGGUUGGCCUCUCCGGCGGGCAAAAAGCUCGGGUAUCUCUAGCAAGAGCUGUCUAUUCAAGAGCUAAUAUAUUACUUCUCGAUGAUCCGCUGUCGGCAUUGGACCAUCAGACUGCGGAACUCAUUGUGCGGAAAUGCAUUUCUGGGCCAUUGCUGGAGAAUCGGACCACGAUACUUAUUACACAUCGUACGGAGCUAUGUCUACAUUUAGCAGACCAGGUAGUCCAAAUAUCUGACGGUCAGGCACAUGUUGUCGACCCAGACUCUAUUACCUCCGAGGAACUACACAGAGUUCACUCGUCCGAUUCCGUUCAUGAUGAUGCCAUUGGUAACGAAGAACAACAACUAGCCGCUAUCCCCGACAAGUUUAUGGAAGAUGAGCAUCGAGCACAUGGCGGCGUCAAAGCCUCAAUCUACUGGGAGUAUGUCAAAGCCGGGAAGCUAAAAUGGUGGUUCAUGCUGGUUUGUGUUCUGGUCUUAUACCGCACUGUCGAUGUCGCCCAGACUUGGUUCCUUAAACAAUGGGGCGAGGCAUAUAGCGAGUCAACAGAGAGGACAUCGUCUGGCCUCUUUGGAAACCUGCCUUCUCCGGAAACGGAUAUUAAGCCCUGGCUCGUUGGGUUCUUCCUUAUCGCCACUGCUCAAUCAAUUUCCUUUUUGAUAUCGCAGAGCUUCAUGUUGGUGAUAAUAUACAAGGCUGGAAAGAAUAUGUUCGAAAGAGUUAUGACACGCGUUACCCACGCCACGUUCCGAUUCUACGAUGUCACUCCUGUUGGUCGCCUGAUGAACCGUCUGACAUCCGAUAUUAAUACCAUCGAUGGCAACAUAAGCAAUCAAUUUCAGAAUGUGGCGAUGUUAUCAAUUGCCUGGAUCUCAUCUGUUGUUGUCAUCGGCUCUGUUACACCCCUAUUCUUGGUUUUCGCUAUUGGUCUUACUGUGGCAUUUGUAGUCAUAUUUUUGCAAUUCCUCCCAUCGUCACAGAGCCUCCGCCGCUUAGAAAUGGUAUCCUUGAGCCCGUUGAUCUCGAACUUUGGAGAGCUUGCCACUGGUCUGACGAGCAUUCGAGCUUUCAAAGUCUCACAUCUUUUUCAAGCCCGGGUGAUAGCUGUCACAGACAACUUUCAAAAGAUGGAUCAUUUCUACUGGAGUCUUCAGGCCUGGCUAAUGUACCGCUUUGACAGCCUUUCAGCCUGCUCAAUGUUUCUUUUAACUGCACUAGCGCUCUAUACAGGUGUCUCGCCCGGCCUCACAGCUUUCGUUCUUACUGCCGCUGCAAAAUUCGUUACCUCGACUCAUUCCCUGUGCAAACAAUAUGGACAGCUCCAGAUGGACUUUGUUUCGGUAGAAAGGGUAGUAGAGUUAUUGCAUUUGGAUCAGGAGCCGCCUGGGGACGUUCAGCCACCAGCAUAUUGGCCAUCACUAGACGGUGACAUUAUCUUUGAAAACGCGACAAUCCAAUACGCACCGCACCUUGAUCCGGCCCUAUCUGAUAUCUCCCUUACGAUCAAAGGAGGCAGCACAACUGCACUCAUUGGGCGCACCGGAUCCGGCAAAAGCACAUUAGCUCUCUCACUACUUGCCACAAACCUUCCUAAAACAGGACGGAUACUAAUUGACAAUAUUGAUAUAUCUACUGUUAACACCCAAGCCCUACGCAAACGUGUAACAUUCCUCGCCCAAGAGCCAGUACUCUUCCCAGGCUCAAUGCGCGCAAACCUGGACCCCCUUGACGAGUACACCGACUUUGAAUGCGAAACCGUGCUCCAAAAAAUAGCAUCAAGGCAUCAAUGGACGUUGGCUAUGCACAUCGACACCGGGGGCCGCAAUUUGAGUCAGGGCCAAAGACAGCUAGUCGGGCUGGCUCGAGCGCUCCUCAGGAGAAGCCCGAUUAUUAUUAUGGAUGAGGCUACAGCGAGUGUGGAUAUGGAGACUGCGAUGCGGAUUCAAGAAAUUUUAAGGGAAGAGAUGAGGGAGAGUACGGUGAUUACUAUUGCGCAUCGAGUGGAGGCUGUUAAGAAUGCAGAUGGGUGUGUGGUUCUUGACAAGGGGAGACUUGUGGAGUUUGGAGAGCCGGGUGGUUUGAUGGAGCGUAUGGAGUAG